CGGAAUUCCAUUUUCACAUUUUACGGGGUACCUCACGGGGUUGUCCACAUAAAAAUGGCGGAUAGGCGACGACGAAAGAAUAUUUCAGAAGCAGAGGGCGAAGAAAAUACAAGAGAUGAACAAAUUCGUGAUGAUAAACAAAGUGGUGUAAAAGCUGAUGAUUCUGAAAAUAAUGGUCAAAGACAGGUUGUGAACCAGAAAAAUGAAGAAGAUGAGGAAGAAUCUGAAGAAGAAGAAACAGAUGAAGAAGAGGAAGAUAGUGAUGAAGAGGAAGAUGAUGAAUCUUAUGAUGAAGAAGAUGAAAGCAUUAUUAUAGAAGGCGAGGAUGGGAUAGACAUGGAGAGGCAGAGUGGGGAUGGAGAGGAGCAGCCAGAUGGAGAAUCUGUGGAUGAUGACGAGGACAAAAAGAACCCGGCCUACGUUCCAAAACGAGGGGCGUUUUAUGAACAUGACAUGAGGAUAUCGAUGGAUGAACAAGAGGAAGAAGAGAAAAAACCAAAGAAAAAGUUGUGGAAAGAUGAGGGCAAAUGGAACCACGAUAAAUACAAUGAAUCCAUGCAGGCACCAAAGACGAGGGCGGAGCUUUACAGUAUUUAUGGUUAUGAUAUCACCAGGAGUGACAAACCUCCAGAGGCCCCACCAAGAAGUAAUCGAGCAAGAGGUCCACGGUCUAGGCAGAAAUCUCAAUUUCAAGACUAUAUACCAGAAGGAGAUUACAUACAAACUAGAAAUAGCUAUAACAGUAUGAAGUCAGGAGGGAGACAAGGGUAUGAUGAAAAUGGACGAGGUGGGCGGGGUUUCUCCCGGAGAGGAGGUGACAACUAUCGGAGGAGAGACAGAUACAGAAAUGACAAUUCUUAUGAUAAUAGGAACAGAGGUUUUAACAGAUCUGGUCACGGAGACUUCAACAACAGGGAAGAUUUCCCUGAUCUGGGGUACAAAGAAAAGCCUCGACGAUAUGAUGAAGGCAGAGGGUUUCAGAAUGAUAGGAGAAAUGAUCAAGAAUAUCAUAGUCGAGGUGAGCGUGCCAGUCAAGAGCGGGAUCACAGGGGUGUAAGGGAUAACAGAGGUAGUUCAGAAAGGGAGAACCGUUCAUAUCACAAUAGAAACAACAGUGAACAAGUUCAUCCAGAGAGAACCGAGUAUGAAAACCGUUCAAACAAAGACAACAGAUCAAGUGUUGAAAGGCCUUUAUAUCUCAGAGAGGAGAGGACCAGUCCAGAUCAAGGGCCGUAUAAUGACAGUUAUAGACGGGGAAGGGGUUCAAGAGGGGGCAGGGGCAGCAGGAGGCCCGGGAACAGGAAGCCAGAACCAGAGAGAAACUUCCCUCCAAGGUUUCAGAGAAUGAAGCAAAACAUGGCAGCCGCAGAGGGUGAUCCUUCCCUUCAGCAGGGGCCAGAGGGAGAGGACGAGGUAUACAUGUCUCCUCCUGUGUCACCAGCGGAGGGUAAGCAGGAGUUUCCUCCUCCACCUCAGAGAGAAAAUCAGCCACAGGUGGCGCCAAUAGCAGAGUCUUUGAUUGUACAAAAUGUAGGGGAGCGUAAGUCGUACUCGAAGGAACGUCGGGUGAAAUCAGGACGAGUACCCGAGGAGCCACCCCCUAAUAUGCCAGAGGAGACAGCACCACCAGAGGCCAUGGGAAAACAAGAGGAUAUAAUCCAGUCCCAGCAGUUUGACAACAAGACCUACAGUAAACAAGAUCAAGGUGGCAAACCCAAGCGUUACUCCUCCCAACGGCAACGAAACAUGCCAGAAGUGGGUUACGCGGAACAGCCAAUGGAGGGCCAGAAAUUUUAUCCACAGGACACUGUAUUCAUCAAAGGACCGCUCUCAAACUUUUUCCUUUGUGCAAUUAAAUGGGAUAACAAACUUUUCACUAGUGCAGAGCAUGCUUAUCAGAUCAGCAAAGCCAUAUUCCAUAAUAGAAAAGAACUCGCUGAAGAAAUGAGAAAGGCUGAGACAGCAAAUAAAGUCAAAAUGUUGUCAAAAAGCAUAAAACCAUCAGAUCAGUGGAUGAAAACCAGAUGUAGAAUCAUGAAGGAUUUACUGAUAGAAAAAUUUAAACAGGUGGAGCCAUUCCGCACUGCCCUUCUGGCAACUGACAACAAGCCACUGGCUCAUGAUGUGGUGAAUUUGUUCUGGGGAACUGGGCGAAGCUUCAAGGGCGAAAACAUGUUUGGCAAACUUCUGAUGGAAGUCAGAGAUCAAGCACGGGCUCAGAUGUCAAACCAGGGCAGUUUCCCAGCACAUCCUAACCCUGCCAUGCUUAGACCCCCAAUAGCUACAGUUGCAUUCCCCAUGAAUGCAGGACCGAGUGGUGCCAUGUCAACUCCUCAGCACAUAUUCCCCCCUGGGAACCAGCCAGCUACCAUGACAACACAAGUUCAAAUGAUCCCCUCACAAUUCUCGAACAAUGGAGUACUAUAUGCUGCAACCCCUAACUACCCAGCACCACCUGUUGCUAUGGCUGGGUUUCCUCCCCCUGGUAAUCACCCUCCAACACUAGCUACCCAUCAACAAGGCUACCCCUCACCCCCAGGGACACAACCAGCAUCAAUAGGGGCCCAACAGAGUCCAACACAGGCUGGUCAACAGGAGCUGUUUCGAAAUCAGACUGUGUAUUAUCCUCCAGAGUUUCAAAUGAGAGGCCCCAGGGCAACUCCAAAGAGAGCAAAGUCUGCCAUUCCCAUUGUGAAUCCAAAGGAAGUGAAAAGAGAAUCUACUAAAGAAAGUCACAUAGAGGAGGAGCAUGCAUCACAGGAAGAACAGGUGCCCUAUGAGGAGCAGGUGCCCUAUGAGGAGCAGGUAUCCUAUGAGGAGCAGGUGUCCUAUGAGGAGCAGGUGUCCUAUGAGGAUGAAGCGCCCUAUGAGGAACAAGUGCCCUCAGAUGACUCAUCAUCAGUCACAAACAGGAAGGAACUGGACAUCAAGGAUAACUUAGAUCCAGAUGAAUCCCCGUCAGGGGGUUCAGAUAUUCUUAAAACAGAAGAAAAUAUUUCAGAUAAAUUCAUUGAUUCAAACAUUGAUGCUGUGUCAGAAGAUGUGUCGGAAUCUGAUGGAAACAUGGACAAAGCAAAGAUUGAUGCUGUGGAAAAACAAAACGUGAAUACAGAACCUGGUGAUAAUCAUAUUAGUAUAACGCAAAGUGGUGACAAUGAAUCGGAAGGAAGUGUGAAAAAUGAAGACAACAGAGAGACUGUAGAGGGAGAAAUAAGUGAAAAUUUACCAAUCAAAGUAGAGACGCAGGAUCCAAAGUAUGAUGAGGCGGAGAAAACAUCUGUGGAUUCUAGUGUGAAAAUGACAGGUGUGAAGGAGGAGGAGGAGAACGCUAGUGAUAAUGAAAGCUUCGCUGAUGCAGAAGAUGAGUUGGAGAAGGAAAGUCCAAGCACGCAGGAGUUGCAGGAACCUAAUACUUGAGAUUUCAGAUCUGGAAGUAAUUUACUAUUUGAUACAGUUACCCAGAAGUUUACUAUUGAUACAGUUAUACAGAAAUGGACUCUCUGAAACUUUUUUAAGCAAGUUUUGCUUUGCUUGUUAAACAUGUUUAAUUUGUGAUUAACACAUUUGUUAGAACAAUAUGAUUAAAUGAUUGACCUCUAUCUUCUUUUUUUUUAUCCCCAUUGUAUUUGUUAAAGCCUUGUACAGAAAGUCAUCACUACUCAGCAAUAUCAUCAUUUGGGUGAUAGGGAGAAGACUGUGAAUAAUGUGAUUCUAUAUGUUGUAUGGUUGAUCUUGAUGUCUUUUGGUUGGAUUGAGAGUUUUUCUUUUUUUUAACAUUUAAGGGAAAGCACAGACAGUUUGUAUGACUCAAUCAGUUCACAACAAAUUCUAGUAUGUCAAUUUUAAUAGAUUUUGUGAAUGCAUAUUUUGUACAUUUUCCAUUUGUGCAUGUACUUUUGGUGGCAAUAAACUGAAUCCAGUUUUUUAUAUUACAAGUGUUCAACAUAUCAUACAUUUCCUACAUUUAGAAAUAGUAUGAUACCCAAUUAUGAAAUGAAUGCAAACUCAGACCUGCACAAGAUCAGUAAAAAUCAAUGUGCUCAAAAUGAACCUUUCAGGUCAGUGCAUUCAGUAAUGGAUGAUAAUGUUUCAAAGAUGAACUUUGAUUGACAUACUGUAUCUUGCUUUACUCAAUCAUGUUAUAUAUGACGUAUUUUUGUUCUUUAAAAAUUUGCGCAUUUUGAAAAUUCUGGAUUUGAAAUCUAGUUUAAACAAUGGGUUUUGUACUGGGCCCCUUUCUACUUGACACCAGUGCUUGUUCUGUGAAAUAACAUUCAAUCUAUCAAAUCUCUAAAGCUUGUAGAGGGCCUGGACAAGAAUUUCUAAUUUAGUCUGUGUGACCAUGACCUUUUCCCAAUGACUUUGGUGAAGAUCCCUCUGAUCAUGACUGACUUUCAUGUUGAACAGGAUCUAUAGGUCUCUGAUUAUACAUAUUGCAAAUGACAUUGUAUUAGGAAUGUUAACACACCUGCUGGCUGUAAAAACUUUGGGCUAAUUAUGAACCUCUAAUAUUCCCGACAGGCAAAAUUGCUUUGGAGAACAUUAUGUUGUCAUUCCUCCCAACUUUGACCUUUUUCAAAUAACCUUGGUGCAGGGUUGUGGCAUCCUCUGAUAAUACACUUUUUGAAAGAAAAGAAAAAUGGUUUUCAAAACUUCCUAAGUUAAAAUAAAGAUACUGAGAAAGAUAUGGCUAUUCCAACAUAAUCCUGCAAAAUUUGCAGGGGUUAUAGAUAUUAAGUGGUGUUGUGAGAUUAAAUUCAUUUUUUUAAAAAUAUAUGUUGGUUCGAUUCAUAUUGUACACCUUAAAGCUUUUUGAUACUUAAAAAAUCUUAGAAUGACUCAUUUUGUCCAUUUGUUUUGUGAUGCACAUUUUGACGUGAGAGAGCAGUAUGGAUUUUGUGGUAAUUCAUUGAUAUCUGUUGGCUAUAAAUCAAAUGCUGAAAAGGAAGCUUUAUUGGAUAUUCACAUACACUGUAUGUCAGUGGGAGUAUAGAAAAAUUUGUGCAAUUUUUGUUUAGUUGUAAUGUUCUAGAGUGAGGUUCAUUGAUUUCAUAUGUUUUGUAUAUUGUUUUGUUAAAUAAUGUAAUUAAGUAGACAAGUACUAUUUCUGUAAAGAUUUUUUUCAUAGCAUAGUAUUUUCUGUUUUAGUAUUUCAAAAUUUAAAAAAAAUUAUAAUUGAUUAGCAUGUUUCAAAAAUUAAAUGAUUGAAAAUAAUGAA